AUGGAUUAUCGAUCAUCACUAUUAAAACGACCCGUAGUUUCAAGUGUACGAUAUUCAUUUUUACCAGCUUAUCCUACAUCUGAUAAUAGAAGCAAUAUUCAUUUACUAUUCUCUAAUGUUCAAAUAUCUCAACUGAGUAGACAAGCUAUGGAACGACGAUUAGAACAUGGCUAUCAUCAGCCCACCUUUUUGACACCUAUCAAUGAUCAUGAACGACUCAUGUUUUUCUUAAGUCGUCGAUGGAAUAUCAAUAGAGAAAUUUUAGAAUAUAAUUUUCAACGAGUCAUGUCAAUCAUUGAUAUGAUGAUAAAGCAUAGAAUCCAUCAUUUUUCUACACAAUACAAUCACGAAAAAUUACUCGAAGAUCAAUAUUCUGUUGCACUCGAAUUUUUUCUUCAAAUCGAUAUCGAUACAUUUUAUUUGAAGACUUGUUCAUAUCGAGGUGCAUUUCCAGAAAGCAAUGUACUACAAAGUCUUUUCUGUCUAACUGAGCCACAAGGUCGCUAUGCAAUGGAGAAAUGUAAUCAAAUUUCUUGUUGUUUGUGUAAUCCAAGCUAUAAAAUGGCUGAUCAUCAUCAUAGAACUAUCGUUAAAUUUGGACCUAGCCAACAACAUUUUUUUAUAAAUGGAUAUCGAUCGAUUCUCAACUGUCCAGCCACAUGUACGACAAGAAAUAUAAUUUAUGUUUUAACAUGCCCAUGUCAUCAAGUAGAUUAUAUUGGUGAAACGAGUAUAUCAUUAGAGAAUCGUCUAGCAUAUCAUCGAACUCAUGGGAAUCGUAUUGUACAAGAAUUUUUGUUGGGCCCAACCAUAACAUCUCGUAUUCAACAAGAAUUAAAAUCAUUCGAAUCUAUCGUUGAAUCAAAUCUAUUCGUCUAUGCCAAUGAUGUACCAUCACCACCACCGAAUUAUCAUUUUACUCAUUCACAAAAGAUAGAAAUAGAUCGUUUUUUUCUUGAAAAGAAAUAUCUCAAUUCACCCAAUCAAAAACUAGAUCUUUACGAAGCAGCUAUUGUAGCUAUAUUACCAACGAAUGCAUCCGCUCCAUUGAGACGAUUUAUCGAAGCAUUACUCAUUACACAUACUGAAACAAAAUUAAAUACGGAAGGUCAUCUUGAUAAACUCGUGUCAUCCAAUACGGCUCAAUUAAAUCUUCCACAAUCUUCUAUUGAAUGGUGUCAAAAUCUUAUUCGUCGACCCAAUACAACAUUCACAACAUAG